AUGCUACUCAACAUUACGAGAGAAAACCACACACCACUGCAUCAGGCGGAAAGGGAGAGAGAUAGACUCCCUCCAAUUUCCAGUAAUUCCAGCUCUGGACUUGAUCGUGGACCAAAGCUGCCAUAUCCGUCUCUCAACUUCAUCUCAAACCACAGAAAGGAGGAUGGUAGCCACAGCCUCUCCUCCCAGUUUAUCCUUCCUGGCAUACGGCAUGGUAGAGAGCUUCCCCCCAUCUGUCCUAAUGUCAGACUGAAGCAUCAACAUCAACAUCGCAUCACUGUUGACAAUCUGCCUCCUGAGGUUAGGGCUCGUUUUGCCUCUGACCCAGUCAUGCCCCUCCGCACCAAGACUGUCAAAGAGUUUCAGGAGGACAUUGAGAGGGCAACCGUCUCAGGCGAUUGGAAACACGUCCACGAUUUCUACUUGACCACGUUCGGCUCCUUUUUAGAACUGAAUGCUGCCUUUAAGAAAGAUGCAAGCCCUCCAUUCAACACGAUUGAAGACUCAGGAAUCAAUACCAAAUUCGUUAAUGCUGUCUAUGAUGCAUUAUCGCUCACGCCUCCUGAUGCCCAGAGAGCAGUGCUGAAGGGGAUCAUUAACAGCUUGUUGAGAGAAUGGAAGGGUCGACGGACGAAGGAUGACCUGAGAGCGUAUUUCAUUCUAGUUCAGAACCCUCAGUGCACCAGCCCAGCCACAUAUGUCAUCUAUGCACACUUACUGAGGCAAAUAGCCGUGCUGGUGGAAGCAGACCACUAUUUCCUGAUGCACUGGUUUAAGAAGUUGUCCCAGAAGCGGUUCAAACAGCUGGUGGAGCGGCUGCACCUCUUCAUCUCCACCCGUCUGUUCCCAGUCAAGCCUGAGGAGCUGCCCCCCAUGGCCAAGUGCUCUUGGUGGAUCCCCUCCGCCACCAAGGUCCUCUCCCUCCUCAAUGCAGCAAAUAUCAUUUCUAGCACUCCUAUCCUGCCCUUUGUUGACUUCUACAACCCCACACUGGACCACACAGACUUCAUGGAAGACUAUCGAAUAUGGCAGACUCAGGGAAACUCUACCAGGUUUACAUUCUGCCAGUUCGCCUUCAUUCUGUCCACGGUGGUGAAGAAGGCCGUUAUCCAGAAGGACUCUGAACAGCAGAUGAUCAGCAUGGCCAGGCAAAGCCUGGUGGACAAAGUGUCUCGCAGACAGCGAGUGGACAUGAGCUUGCUCUUUCUCAACAUCAAAGUCCGACGGCUGCAGCUGGUCAGUGACUCAAUGGAUGAGCUGACUAGAAAUCGAGCAGACUUGAAGAAGAAGCUGAAAGUGUCGUUUGUGGGGGAGGCUGGUUUAGACAUGGGUGGUCUGACCAAGGAGUGGUUUCUCCUUCUCGUCCGACAGAUCUUUCACACAGACUACGGCAUGUUUACGUUCUUCAAGGAUUCCCACUGUCACUGGUUCAGCAGCUGGAAGUGUGACAACUACUCCGAGUUCCGAUUGGUCGGAGUCCUUAUGGGACUGGCCGUCUACAACAGCAUCACGCUGGACAUCAGCUUCCCACCCUGUGUCUACAAGAAGCUGCUGACCCUGCCCGUGGUGCCGUGUGACCUCGAUCCCCCCGUUGGCAUGGCGACCCUCACCCUGGACGACCUGCAGCAGGUCAUGCCUGAUCUUUCUCAUGGGCUGGCAGAACUUCUCAGUUACGAAGGCAACGUGGAGGAGGACUUCAGUACUACUUUUCAGGUGUCGCAGGAAGAACUAGGUGUGAUCAAGUCCUACAAUCUGAAACCGGGAGGAGAUAAGAUUCCUGUCACCAACCAGAACAGGAAGGAGUAUGUCCAGCUGUACGUAGAUUUCCUGCUGAAUAAGUCCAUUUACAGGCAGUUUACUACCUUCUACUAUGGCUUCCACAGUGUGUGCGCCUCCGACGCUUUGAUGUUACUGAGGCCCGAGGAGGUGGAGAUCCUGGUGUGUGGCAGUCCCAACCUGGACAUGAGCUCUCUGCAGAAGGCAGCCCAGUACGAGGGCUACAGCAAGACUGACCCCACCAUCAGGGCGUUCUGGGCCGUGGUGCUGGGAUUCCCUCUGAAGUUCCAGAAGAGGCUGCUCCACUUCUCAACAGGAAGUGACCGCGUCCCCGUGGGAGGAAUGGCCAACCUCAACUUCAAGAUCUCCAAGAUUGAUGCCUCCACCGACUGGUUGCCUAUAUCUCACACAUGUUUCAACCAGAUCUGCCUGCCACCAUACAAAAACAAAAAAGAACUGAAGCAGAAGUUAACUAUUGCCAUUUCAAAUGCGGAGGGAUUUGGACUGGAGUAAACUCAGAUAACGACAAUGGUUAAACUGCCAUUUAUCUUUGGAUCGUGGUCAGUAGGGUGUGUAUAUUUGAACAUGUUCAGACAUGCUACCAGUAAUCUCUCAGCUUCAGUAUUUCUUAAUAAUAUACUUAACAAAUCUGUUUCUGUAGAAUAUUGAGUGAAAAGUUACAUUACAAGUAUAGCCUUCAAAGCUCUCCCGUUUGUGCUAUAAAUACCUUUGCCUUUUGGAUAUCAAAAUGGACAUGGAAAAUGUUCUGCUCAGUCCAUUAAACAAUGGAGUUGUUUAUUAAAGUCAGAGGUUGAAUGUAGGUCAGAGCAGGGCUGGGUUGGUCUGUGAUAAAAUAGUUAAACAAACAGUCUGCCAGUACUGUGGUGUCAGCUCUUAAAGUGACAGAGCCCAUCUCUCCUCCUGAACAGAGUUCUUUCCCGCCUCUCUUUGACAAAAGCCUUUUCAGGCCUAAGAUUUAAAUAAUUCCGAGUCUGAUGGUAAAUUAUGAACACAGAUAUUAUCUUGUUGGUAUUUAUACUAAUAUAUUUUGUUUUCAGAGGUCUCAGAAGUUUUGAAACAUUUGGAAGACGUUUCUGUUAUGUUGUUCGUGAGCAGAGUUUUUAGACGACCCUUUCUGGAUGUUUUCAUGUAGAGCAUGAAAGGGAAUCAAGCUUCGGUAAGGUUUAUCAUGUUGGGGCGGCAGGUAGCCUAGUGGUUAGAGUGUUGGUCCAGUAACCGAACGGUUGCUAGAUUGAAUC